AUGUCAGGCCCACAAUCAAGAAGAAAUUCAAUGACUUCGCUAGCAACCGCUAAUACCACCACGUCAUCACAAAAUAAUAUUUCAGGUCAUGAUUUGUCAACUGAUAAUUUGAUAGCUGUGGAUAGUAAAUUUGUCAAGAAACCAACCAAGAAAUUUCCCAACAGUAAUGGGAUUUCCCCAAAGCUUAUCAACGAUUCAACUUUACGCAGUGGUGCUGGUAAUAAUAACAGCCCAGGAAGCGCAUUCUAUGCAAAGGAAGGUGUCUACUAUUUUCCAAAUGGUGAAGUGUUUCGACCAAGAACAACCCCUGCCAAGAGAAACAGGCCAAGUAAACUUCAACAAGAUAUUUCCCCAAAUGAUAGUGGAGCAAGCAGUCCAGUUCCACCACCAUUAAAUCCCAACGUUUCCCUUGAUUCACCUAAAUCAAAUCACUCAUCCUCAAACUCGUCAACAAAUAGUGGAACUGCUGGGUCAGUUGUUGCUCCUAGUAUUCAUUCCAAUAAUUCUCAUAGUUCCCUACCUAAAUCUGCUUCAAUUCAGAACAUCAAGCUCAUGAACAAACAGAGUUUAGUACAGAACAUUAGAAAUAGUAAAGGCGAUAUCACAACAAAUAUUGUCCUUGAAGAUACUUCCCCAAAGAUUCCUUAUGAAAAUUACCGUAACAGCAACAGCAGUACAAGUUUGAAGAAUUCCCACAAGUUUCAAUCACAAAAUAUCACCAAGACCGAGCAGUAUUCCAACACCUCAUCUUUUUCAUCACAAACUUCAAAUGCUUCUAAUGUAUCUGAUUUAUUAGCCGAUCACGAUGACGAAAAUUCCAAUUCAAAUGUUAAUCGAUCAGCCACCAAUACUCCUUCAACAUCUAUAAGUGACGACCAUAACAGAUUGUCCAAUGAAAUUCGAAAUAGUACCGGUUCAUCCUCCGAUGAAUGUAACCAACCAGUAGAAACAAUCACUGAUGACACUGCUUUGAGUACGUUGAAUGAAACAAGUGAAGAGACUUUCAAAAGUAUGCUGGCUUCAAACUUUGGCAGUUCAAGUGCGGGCCAUUCAGCAAAUUCAUCAUGGGACAACAGAAACACACCUGAACCACAUCGUUUAAUCAGAGAGGAAUCAAACUCUUCUGUUUCACCAAGUGAAAGAAAACAUGCUUUGAGAACAAGAAACUUACAAAAUCAACAACUGAUGUCAGCUAAUUCGUCUUCUCCGAAUCCGGCAAUUAGUACUGAUUCACCAAGCUCACCAGCUUAUGGGAAUACCCCAUCAUCAGUUUAUGAGAACACUCCUUCAUCAUCCGCCUAUGGUCAAACUCCAACAUCAACAUCAACAUACGGCCAUACUCCAUCGUCAAUGUAUGAUUCAAUUGCCCCAUUGGAAGUUGUCAAACAAAGAGCAACGAACACUUCUGGUUCCGAUUCACCUAACUCGUUGUAUGACAGCUCCAACCCAGGAAGUAUCCACAGAUUAGGUGCUCCAAUGAAACCUAUCUUGAGAGAUAUAUCAAGAUCAUCUGAGAUGUCGAGUGAAGAAGAAAUAUUUAGAACUCCAGUUAGUACACCAGACAAGGAGGUUUUUAAAGAAUUUAAAGGUACUCCAACAAUGACACCACCAUCUCCAACUUCUGUGAAAACUGCUACACCAAUCAUCACUCCACCGAAUAAUAUUAAUACUUUCCGUCCUCCUCGUAUAAGUGCUCGAUCAUUAUUACAUUUUGAGAGACUGAAUACCGACACUAGCAGUAGUACUAAUUCUAGCAGUAGUGGCGGAACUAGUAAUAGAAAGAGUCAGAUUAGUUUGUUACCAGAGCCUACAAUAGACACUGAAUCAUUUGUGGAGCAAUACUUUAACGAAUCAUCUCCAGAGCUGUAUCAGUUGAGUGAGAUUAUUUCUAACUUGAAUACUACACCAACAAGACAACACCAUCAGCAGCAACAACAACAACUUGAACGUGAAAAAAUGGCUAAUGAACAAGAGGAAUACACGAAACAUAUCAAUGAGAAACGCCAGCUGUUCCAAAUGACUCAUCAGCUGCACUUGCCUCCAAAGGAGCAUGUUAUUCAAGUUACUGAUGAGCAGGCUAUUAAAUUUGUGUCAUCUCCUACUAAUUCCAAGACUGAUACACCAAGAAGUUCGAGGUAUUAUGACAUUGAUUCAACUACAUUUAAUAAGUUUGUGAAUGAUACACAACCGGAUAUUCCUCCUAGAGGAGAUGUGAUGAUUGUCAAUAAUAAGAAGAUUAGAAAACAUAGCAGAAAUGCAUCAUCUACGUCCUCUGCCAAUGAUUUUUUCAUCAACUCAGCUAAUAAUUCUCAAACUAAUACCAAUACCCCUGCCAAUCCUGGUCCAUCAACACCAAAGAGAAGUCCAAUUCAGGAGGUUGUCACACCAAAGAAUCUUGAAUCUCCACCACCUCCACCGCCAAUUGAGAAAUCACCAGGUAUGAGAGUCAAAGGUAGACCAAAAAAGAGAAGACCAAGAAAAGAUGGUGAACAUAAAUCCGAUAAGAAGAAAUCAAAUCCCGAUGAAUCAAAACUUGCUGCCUCUGUGGAGCAGAAGCCAAGAGAACAUGAGAAUACGGCAGUUCCUAGAAAGGGUUCUGAGCACAGUCAAAAGAAAGAGACUGAAGAAUUCACUAUACCAAUUGCAAUUCAAACACAACCAAUUAAGAGAAAGGUCAAUGAACAGCCAGUCACACCAGUUCUUGAUGCUGCGCCAAACCUGAUUUUCAAGAAUGAUGACGGUGAAAGAGAUCCAAGUCCAUCAAAGCUGGUUUUGUAUGAUACACCAAGAACUUUACAAGAACAACAAGCUCAGGAAAUGCGUGAACUCGAGGAAAAGAAUAAACAAGUGAAAGAAAAGGAGCCAACCACUCCAGUGAAGAAAUCAGCUAAACCAAUUCGUUCGUUGUUGUUGCAGGAUGAAAGCAUUCAAAAUAAGAAGUUACCCAUGGGUCCACAAUUUGAACCGCCAAAUAACGCGAAGACAAUUAAAAAAACUUCGUCAUUACCGACGAUGGCUCCGGAAAAGCCGCAAAAGAUUUCCGAUUCCUUAUUACCAUCAUCUGAUAAACAACACCAAACUUCAACAAACCAUCGCCGUUUUGAACCUUCAAGAAGACCACCUGAAAUUCAUGACAAGGAGAGAGUUGCUGUAAAUACCACCCAUCAACUAAUUGGAGUAGCCCCAUCAGCACCAGUAUCAGCAUCUGCACCAGCAUCUGCACCAGCACCACUUCCACCCACGUCUAGACCACGUAUUGAUACCAACAAUCCUAUUCCACAUCCACCACCACCACCACCUCCUCCUCCUCACUCUCAGACACAAGGUGCUCAAAAAUCUUCACCAAACUUAUCUGCACAACCACCGGUGACACAGGCUCAAUCACCUGAACCAAAUAUGAAACGUCACGUUUAUCACAGUCCAAAAAUCGGAGAUGAUAGUAACAAUAAUUCCAAGAAAGGUGCAAACGGAGGUGGUGCAAACUUGAAAUCAUUCUUUAAAAUGUUUAAACCACAUCCACAUGAGAAAACAAUGGAUAAAUCCAAUUCUACCACAUCAUUGUCAUCAUCAGGAUCUAGUGGUUCAAAAAUAUUUAAAUUUAUGAAGACCAAGAAAGAUGAACAAGAUUUGACUGAUUUGCCAAUAAUUGUUGAGCAAUCCAAAUUAGGACCACCAGUUGCUGCUAAUGCAAAUAGUAACAGAAUUUCUGUUUUUAGUGAAAUUGCACCAUCUAUUAAAUUGGGAUCAUUACCUGAUUUUGAACCGGAAGAAACUGGAUUGUUGGAAGAAAUGAUGAUUACAUUUGAUGAAAAGUUUGAAAGUGAAUUAACACCAACUUCACCUCCAGUAUUUAUACACAAGAUUUCUACCAAUAGAAGUAGUAUGAAUGAACCAUUUUUAAGAGAUGAUGAGUUAUCAAUUGAUCAAAUAAAAGAUCAACAAUUGAAGGAUGAUGAUCUUGGCAAUAACAAUGGCGGAACAGAUACGAUUGGAGGAUAUUCGGUGAAUAUCAAUGAUGAAAAUUAUGCUGAAAAUAUGGCAUUCCUUCGAAACGAAGCGUAUUGGGCUACUAUGGAUGAAGGUGCUAUCAAAUCACAUAUUGACAAGAAUCUGUACACAAUUGAUGAAGAAAAUAACCCAGAGAUUAAAAAGUUUAGAGAGCAAUUAAUGGCAGCUGCCAGUAUUGCUGCCCCAGAUAUUUCUAUGGCAUCUUCUGAAGGUGAUGUGUCUACUCCAGUGGAUAGUUCAUUUAACCAACCAUUAGUCGGACCACCACAAAUACUUCGUGGUCCAAAUGCUGCUAUUACUGAUGAAGAUAUUGACCCAGUACUUGUUGAUGAUGAUCUCAGUCAAGAAGGUGAAUCUAUUGUUAUUGAAAAUCAAGAAUUACAUUACAUUUUCAACAAUUUGACUGAUGAUGAAAAGAGAAAUUUACCACCACACUUGAAGUAUAUUCGUCAAUUCAAAGAUUAUCAAUCAAUUGAAGUUAAUAUGAAGAAAUUUGAAGAUUUAUCUAAAAUUGAAUUUUCUGUUGAUGAAAAUGGUAAGAGUGCACCAAUUUUAAAGAGACGUAGAAAAGGUGGCAGUGGUAAAAAAUCCAUGCUUGAUGGUGGUAAAAAAGGAUCUCGAAAUGUUGUUUUCUCCAAUAAGAUUUCUAUCAAUGAAACAUUUGCAAGUGAUAUGUAUAAGAGAUACAACAAGGCGGUAACACAAUACUCGUUAAAUGAUCCAAAAGAAAUCAACAAGAUUAAGAACGAAUUGAAUUAUUAUAAAUGUAACGAGAUGUUGGUUCAUGAAAGUUCCCAAAACAAUACCCAUUUUUUUUACUAG